GUGGCUGAAGAUGGAGGCCGGAAGUGGCCGUUGAGGCGCCUGUCCUGGGGUCUCCUCAGCGAUCUGCUCCCCCUGACGACCCCCCUGACCCCCGAUGCCCGUCAAGAUGGUGCCCCCAACAAGGCAGCACAGCAUCCCCAGGCUGCUCCGGGCCCGGACCCUUGAAGAGAAGAGCCGGACCUUGCUGGCGGUUCUGGCCGAGAGGAACCAGGCCGUGGCCCCCGUUGGGGCUUGGGUGGAGAGUGCCCCGCGAGGGGGUAACCCCGAGGAAACCCCAGCGUUUGUUUCUGCAUUUCUGAUAGAAAAGAAGCUAAAGGAGCAAGAGAAGACAAAACAGGAGACUCUGAAACGCUUCCAGGGACAGGUGAAACGCAGAGUAAAUCAGAGGAUCAAGCUGAGAUUAAAACAGCAGCUCCAAAAGGCCUGUGAAGCGGCGGAAAAAGAAGGCUCCAUGGCCCUGCAGACUUUGGCCUCAGCCCCGCUCCUGGCCCACAAGAGGAGCACGUGCGUCUACCGCAGCCGUGGGCAGGCCGCCGUCUGCGGUUCCCUGGCCAGUGGGCCACCCCCGCAGCCGCCGAUCGACGAGCUAGAGGAUGACCAGGCCGGUGCCACAUUGUUCCAACAGCAAGCCCGGGCCCUCAGCCAGACUAUGAGGCAAGUCCGCCGCCGGCUGGCAGCCUGCAAAACCACGGGGGGCCGAGAGCAGAGUUCCCCGCCGGAGCUUCCCGGAGGCCGCUGGGAAAGGAGUCCCACCCGAGAGGAACCAAGCCCAACGAGCCAGCAGCCAUCCGGCCCGGCAGACGAGGAACCGGAGGACCAGUUGCCCCUGCAGGACUAUCGGGACCUUCCCGCGGAGUUCCAGGACCAAACGUCCCCCGGAGAGCAGACUCAUCCUGAGCCCAGAAGGGCAUCCUCUCCAAGUCGGCCUCAUUCAGGGGCCAGAACCAACCUCCAACUUCCGCUGGUCUUACAGCCCGGGAAGGAGCAAGAGGAGGCCAAGAACGAGCGUCAAAAGCAGUUCCUGCAAUGCCGGCGGCUUUUCAUGGGUCUGGAGAGGGAACAGGUGAAGGAGCGCCAGAGGCUCAAGGAGCAUCAGAGGAAAAGCGAAAAGAUUAAGAAACAGAAAGAGCAGUGGCGUCAGAUGGAGGAGCAGAGGAUCCUGGCAACGCUCUGCCAAGACGACCAGCACGCCGGGGAGGAGGCGUGCGAAACGAUGGCCCAGCUGCGGCUGGAGGAGACGAGAGGGACUAAAAAGCAGCAGAAGGACAGAGAGUACAGGAGGUACGUCGAAGCCCUGAGAGCCCAGAUGCAGGAGAAGAUCCGGCUGUACAACGUCGCCUUGCCCCCGAUGUGCUGCUGCGGCUCCGACUUCUGGGACGCCCACCCGGACACGUGUGCCAACAACUGCAUUUUCUACAGGAACCACAGAGCGUAUUCGCAGGCGCUCCGCUCGGUCAUCUCCUCCUGCGACGUUUCCGACCUCGGCCCGGCCGCUUGCCUCGCCGGCCGCGGUUUUGCGGCCGCCUACGGACGGUCGGCGAAGAAGCCGUAGCGGCGGGCGCCGAAGCCGGCCUGAUUCCUGCUUGCCCCCGUCAUCCCACCUGGGAGAAGCGGGUGGGCAGGCGGGCGGCCGCCGUGAGCACUAGCCGUCCCCACAGCGGGGCCGUGCCCGGGGAGCCAGGCCAGCCGUCCAGCUGGACCCUCCCCACGCCCGUCCUGGAGCCCUGAUGAAACCGGACGUAUCACCGGGGGCUCGAUCUGGUCCCCUUCUUCUUCCCCUCCCUCCAUUUUUAUCGUCGUAAUCCAUCCUCUUUAGUCGCUGCCCUUUUACGCCCUUAGGAAGCGGGACAUGGAGGACCGAUGGAUUCGGCGUCAAUUUUCCUCCUCCUUUCAGUGAUUUUUAAGUCAGAGUGACUUGGGUAAGCCAUCCCGUCUGACAGGGAGUCCGGGCUGGAAGUCCGAGAAGGAGGAGGAAAGGAGCUACUGCUCCCUUAUACCGCCUUCUCUUCCCGUCGCCGUCUCCUCCUCUUCCACUCCCUUCUCUGAGCCUGUGGAGGGCUCACUUAGAAACUUCACCCCCCCCCCCGUGAAAGAGAUGCAAUAAAGAUGCGCCGCGACGUUG